CAGGGACGAAAAUGUUUCAACGAAAUUAUAUUUAUAAAUCUACCAUCAUAUCAUAUUCUUGAACAUUCAGAGCUCGAAUAUACCAGAAAGCCAGAAAUUUCCAGCUUGCUGACGAAAAGCAUGAUCGCACCGCUGUCUACAGAGCAUGCAUAAAGGCACUAGGCACGGCUCACCAAUAGACGCCACAACGAUCGCUGUAUCUGGUUCUGACCAGGAACAACAGCUUUUUGGCUGUUAUUGGCGAUCCAAUCACCUACUCCUCCAUACUAUAAAAUGUCAAUAUAUACCUCCUUUCAUAGCCGCCGAUCUCGACCCAGGUGUCUCUGAUUGAUUUGCCACCGUCAACUCAAAAAUGCCGUACCCCGCUUCUACAGAAAACUCGGGUUCCCGAUCAUGCGGUUACUCCGCCACGCGUUGACUGUGUCCAUUGGCUCCCACGUCGGUGAUAAAUCAGAGCCAAUAAUAUGCUUACACGUUUCUCCCGGCUGCGCUACUCUCUGUUCGUUCCUCGCCGGUCACCGACGUUGAUGAUUGAUUUAACAGACGACGUAAAUUUCCGAUAUUAGAAUUUAGUAGGUUCUGGUGCCAUUAUUGAACAAUCUGAGCUGCUCGCUCACAUCAUUUAUAGUUUCUGGUUUUAUUCGGUGAAACGAUGUCGUUUUUGCGGCGCAGAAAGGUCCCGGAGGGGUUAAAGUCGCAAAAUUCAGAUUUUCAGAUUGAUAGGGAAGAUGACAAUAAGAAAGAAAAAGAGAAGGAAAGCGAGAAAUCGAAGAAAAAUCAGAACGAAGAGAACAAUAAGAGGACGAAGAAUUGGUCCUGUAUUGAUAGUUGCUGUUGGUUCAUCGGUUGUAUAUGUUUGAUUUGGUGGUUCUUGUUGUUUCUAUACAAUGCAAUGCCUGCCUCGUUCCCUCAAUACGUGACGGAGGCGAUCACCGGGCCCUUGUCGGACCCACCGGGCGUGAAACUGAGGAAGGAGGGAUUGACGGCACAGCAUCCGGUGGUCUUCGUGCCUGGGAUCGUCACCGGCGGUCUCGAGCUUUGGGAGGGCCAUCAAUGUGCUGAUGGGCUUUUUAGAAAGAGACUUUGGGGCGGAAAUUUCGGUGAACUAUACAAAAGGCCUUUAUGCUGGGUAGAGCACAUGUCACUGGAUAAUGAGACUGGGCUAGACCCUCCUGGUGUACGGGUGAGGCCUGUUAGCGGGCUUGUGGCAGCUGAUUACUUCGCAGCAGGUUACUUUGUCUGGGCAGUGUUAAUUGCAAAUUUGGCCCGCAUUGGUUAUGAGGAGAAAACCAUGUAUAUGGCUGCAUACGAUUGGAGAAUAUCAUUUCAGAACACUGAGGUAAGGGACCAAACUCUGAGCAGAAUAAAAAGUAACAUAGAACUCAUGGUGACUACAAAUGGUGGGAAGAAGGUGGUGGUAAUCCCACAUUCAAUGGGUGUUCUUUACUUCUUGCAUUUUAUGAAAUGGGUUGAAGCACCUGCACCGAUGGGUGGUGGGGGUGGAUCAGAUUGGUGUGCCAAGCAUAUAAAGGCGAUAAUGAAUAUUGGAGCACCCUUUUUAGGUGUUCCAAAAGCAGUGUCUGGACUUUUCUCCUCUGAAGCCAGGGAUAUUGCCGGUGUCAGGGCAAUUGCACCAGGUGUUUUUGACAACGAUGUAUUUGGUCUUCAGACAAUGCAACACCUUAUGCGGAUGACUCGUACAUGGGAUGCAACAAUGUCAAUGAUACCAAAAGGAGGGGAAGUUAUCUGGGGUGACCUUGAUUGGUCACCUGAAGGCGGCUAUAACUGUAGUGUGAAGAAGCUGAGGAACAAUGACACUCAUGCUGCAGACAAUCAGAAAGGGGGUAUUGGGUUUCAAAAAGAUGUGAAUUAUGGGAGAAUUCUCUCAUUUGGAAAAGAUGUGGCGGAGCUUCAUUCUUCGAAGAUUCAGAGAGUGGAUUUCAGGGGUGCUGUGAAGGGCAAUAGCCUUGCAAACAACUGUGAUGUGUGGACAGAGUAUCAUGAAAUGGGUGUUGGAGGUAUCAAAGCAGUUGCAGACUAUAGAGCUUAUACUGCUGGAUCAGUUCUGGAUUUGCUUCGUUUUGUUGCCCCCAAGCUGAUGGCACGUGGAGAUGCUCAUUUUUCAUAUGGAAUUGCAGAUGAUCUGGAUGACCCAAAAUACAAGCACUACAAAUAUUGGUCCAAUCCACUAGAAACCAGACUGCCAAAUGCUCCUGACAUGGAGAUCUUCUCUAUGUAUGGAGUCGGAAUUCCCACUGAAAGAGCUUAUGUUUACAAGCUAACUCCUGUUGCUGAAUGCUACAUUCCGUUUCAAAUAGAUGCAUCAGUAGAUGGUGGAAGCGAAGACUCUUGUCUUAAAGGUGGAGUGUUUUGCGUCGAUGGGGAUGAAACAGUACCAGUUUUGAGUUCUGGUUUCAUGUGUGCAAAAGGUUGGAGAGGAAAAACCAGAUUCAAUCCUUCAGGUGCUCGCACAUUUAUAAGGGAGUAUGAUCAUGCUCCUCCGGCUAACCUUUUAGAGGGUAGAGGCACCCAAAGUGGGGCCCAUGUUGAUAUAAUGGGAAAUUUCGCAUUAAUUGAGGAUAUUAUACGAGUAGCAGCAGGGGCAACUGGAGAGGAUUUGGGUGGAGAUCGCGUAUACUCAGAUAUUUUCAAAUGGUCAGAAAAGAUCAACUUAAAGCUUUAGGUACAUGGGCUGAUACAACAUCUGCCCUUUCUCCUGUCCUUCAAGAAGUACCUGACAAAAUAUCUGCUGCUACUAGCUCAUGCUGGGUACGGUUUAGGUGCACCGUUCAGUUUGCACUGAGCCUAACAAUGGAGGACUGGGUUAUCGAAGGAACUGCAGCGAAGAUUGCCAUUGUCAACAGCUUUGUAUUAUAACCAUCAUUCUUCUCUUUUUUUUUUCUGGCAUAUUAUAGUCAUGGUUCAAUGAGAAGCAGAACAAAUUUGUGGAAUUGGUAUUAGACGUGCUUAGAUCCCACUUAAAAGAAAGUUAAAAUUUGUUAGUUUAUUAUCAUUGACCGUUGUUAAUUAUUAGAUUUUUUUU